AUGACAACGGCGGCCGCUACAGUCGUCGUCGAGAUCGACGAACAGCUGCCGUGCCCGCGGCCUGGUCCGACCGCAGAGCGGCCGUCGUCGCGGCCCACGGAACGGGACGCGACCGGUUCUACCGACAUCACGGGGUCCUCUCGCGCGUCACCCCACGCCGACGACUGCGCAGACGGCGGCGGCGACUGGGUCGGGACCGGCCGUGAAGCCGACGGGCGCCCGGAGCUCUGUUACCGCGAGUACGCCGCGGGGGUCUCCAUAACAAGCCCCCCGGCGAGGACGGCGCCGGCGAAAGAGGACGAGGAGGCUGCUGGUUUUGUUGGCCCCGCUUCUGCGCUUGAGGUGUCGUCGAACGAGGCCUAUCCCUCGGCGCCGAGCGAGGCCACCCCCCCUGCCGGGAGUAGCAGCAGCAAGGGAGACGAGCCACCUGCGGCCGUGGCGAUCCAGAGAGCGUCCGAUUCGACGACGACGGCGGCGGCGGCGGCGGCGUCGCCGGCGCGCGUGGAGGCCGGCGGCACGGCGGACAAUACUUGCAAGAACGCGGAGGACCGAUCCGACGAUCUCGCCGCUGGGUCUCCACUAACGGCGGCGGCGGAGGUGCCGAGCGGCAUUGACUCGAUCGAGCCGUCCGGCUCGCAGGAGCAUUCCCGGCGCGUGGCCCCCGAGUCGAAGCCGACGUGGACGAGCCCGAAGUGCCUUGCCGAGAUAGGGGACGUAGCUCUCGGAACCACUCCGUGCAGAUCGCAGCACGUGCCGCCCGUCGUCACUCCGCCUCCGGACGACCAGCUCGGGAGGGCCUCUGCCUCUCAAGAUGCCGCUUCCGGCGGCAGCGACAGAGAUGACGCCAUCAGUGAUAAUAAUCGGGCUAACGCCGGCCGCUCCAGUGGCGGUGUUGAUGCCGCUGAUGGCGGCCGCAUGGGGGACGGCGGUAGCAACAAGCGUGGCGGCGGCGCCAACACGGUCAGCAGCCGCGGCCGCCACAAGAGGGCUAGAAUAGACAAGCAGCAAGGCAACCAUGCUGGUAGCGGCGAAUGUGGCGAGAGCACGGGCGGUGUCGCGGCGCCCUCCGGGGCGGUGUGCUCAUCGCCGCCAGCCAAUCGCCAACGCCACCCUGUCUUGGUCGACGCCUCCCCACUCUCCACCGCACCGACGGCGUCGCCGUCGCCUUGCGGUGGCAUGACCGCGGAGCCUUGCUUGGGACACGAUCAAGACGGCGGCGGCGGCCGGCCCUACCGCGAUGGCUCGUCACUCUCGCCCUAUACACCACCGCUGCCGCCCCCGCUGCCGCCGCAGCGGCAGGAGCAAGAACCGGAGAUCGAAUUCCCGGCAUCCCGGCUCCUGCCCGCGGCAGCCGCUGCUGCUGCCGUUCCGACGGUGCUCCCCACGGACAAGGCAGACGCCGCUCCUCCGGGUGCUGAGCCGACGGAGAUCGUCGCUGAAGAAGAGGAAGCAAAGGGCGAGCCCAUCAGUGCGUCGAGCGGCGAAGUCGAGGAAAACUGUCGCGCGGCUGCCUUACCUUCACCUGUGCGAGCUGCAGAAGCGGUAGCAGUUGCUCAACGGUCGACCAACGGAAAACACGGCGAGGCGAGAACGGUGGCUAGCGGGCGCGGCCGGUUACCCGCCCGGUUUGUUGGUAGCUCCGGUGCGUCGGCGGCGGCGAUAGCAGGGGGCUGUGGCGACGACACCAAGGGGCGGCACAAGAGGCUGAAACGGCCGUCUCGAAAAAUGCUGGAGGAGCCUUCGGCGGCACCUCUGGCGAAACCCGGGAGGCGGAUGGUACCGUCGCCGGCCAGGACGAGGUCGUCGUCGGUGGCAGCACCACCCGUGGCAACCGGUAAAGUCGCAACAGUUCGUGCGGAGACAGCGGAGGUGCGCUCCGACCGAGAAGAAUCAUCCGGCAGGGCCGGCAUGGCGAACGUGGACGUUCCAACACCCGCCUUUGUGGCUGUCAGCAGCUGGACCGGCUGGAUGGCGCCGCGGUCCCCGCGUCAGCCGCCCUUCUUGCCGUCACAGCAGCCGGCUGUUUCUUUAGGCAGAGGGGAAUCCAGGGACGCCGAGCAUGAGGCAGCGGUGGCGGCGCCUGCUGCUGGCGGGGUGUGCGGUUGGAUGGGGCUGUUGUCGAGUGGGUGGAAGGGUCUUCUGUCGAAGGCGGCAGGGAGAUCAGGAAGUUAAGACAGGCGGGGAGAGGCGAUAGGAUGAGCAUAUAUACACUAAUCACAAUCCGGGUAUCUACCAUGCGCGUCUCUCAUCCAGUGUCAUUCAGGUCGGUCACUGAUGUCUACCGAAAUCCCUCGCAUCGACGAAUUUCGGGGAUUCGCCGAUAGCAGGAUGGCACUAUGUAGAUACAUUCCGGUGAGGGGGGGCGCGAAGCGUGUGGCGAGAAUGGCUGGGUAGGGGUGUUUGUGGACGCUAGCUUUGUGAUAGAAGGAAGAUGUUCUGCUUCUUUGUCGGCGUCGGUCGAGCACGCAUCCUCGGAACGCGGAGCACUAUUCCAAGGACGGUUUGCCCCCCGCAGUGUCGAGAAGUAGAUGCGUCAAUUGCAUGGUGGCCGUCUUGUGAAGUGGUCGGAAUGAAAUGGCGGGACACAGCCGUGAACCCUUCUGUUGUGCCUUUGGCAGCCGACGGUGAUAGUGUGCCUGUUUUGCCUUGCAGGAAGAUACACUGUUACAGUACAGGUCGAAGUUUGUUUGGUGGGUGUAGUGUUUAGUUUGUGACUGACACCGUUUAAAUGGUUUAGUACUGGCUGACUAUAAGUUCACUUGCGGGGACAGGCUGUUUACCCAUCAUGCACGGCAAGGCGUAAGCCCUGCUGCCUGGGCGUGGUGGUAUCUGCGUUGACCUCGCAACGCAAUUUCCCACUCGCUGAAUCAAGCAUGCUGCCGCAUAGGAGGUCCGACUAUAGUCUCGGGGGAGUGAAAUUGGCGGAGUGCAAGUUUGUGUCUCAUGCGACGAGCUAGGAUAUAUCUGGGAAUAGUAACAAGUAUCGUGGAGUGAGUGAGGUGGUUGGUUUCACUUUGGGGGACCGGGGGGGUGUCAGAAAAGCAAUCAGCUAUUGGCAGGCAUACCUAGAACCUAAGUUUCAACAUACGUGUCGAGAAGGAGGGACUUGGAAACGCGGUAGCAAUGUGAAGAAUGGGCUUCCACCCUCUUACAUCAGGCCGGCGUGGACUGCACGUGAACUACCGCUUUUCUCUCGGCCCUGUGAUGAUGGCGGUGGUAGCAUUGCUUGCCGGAGGCGUAUGUAAGGGAAGAGUUCAAGCCAG